GGUGAAGCACAGAGGUAACGCUACACUGUCCGAGGAAAUCAUUUUCUCUCUUCUCCAAGCCGAUUCCAAGAAAUGAUCUCAAAUUCUCUGUCGAGCCGGCGGCGUAUGAUGAACCCUCUUCUUCAUCAUCAUCCUCUGUUGAAACAAUUUCCGAGAGACCCAAUACAGAGGAGCCCGCAGAAAAGAUUGAGUCUUUCGUACAAGUGACUGAAACCCAAAAUGAUGAUUUUGAUGAAGAGACAAGUAAACAACAGGAAUCGGAUUGGAAAACUGAUGAGGAUUUUAAGAAAUUUAUGGGUAAUCCUUCAAUUGAAGCUGCUAUAAAGCUUGAAAAGAAGAGAGCUGAAAGAAAACUCAAGGAGUUAAAUACUGAAACAAACAGCAGUAACCCAGUUGUUGGAUUUUUUAAUAGAGCUGCAAUUGAAAGUUUGAAAAGAGAAAAAGAAAGAUUGGAGAAAGUUGAAGAAGAUUUUAAGGCUCUUGAUCUUAACAAGUUAAAGAGCUGUUUUGGGUUCGAUACAUUCUUUUCAACCUGCAUCGCUGAGAUGCUAAUAGCACCAUUAAUAACUCCCUCCAUGAAACCCAAGUCCUGA